AUUUUAUACAUUUUGGCUGAGCUCAGAGGAGGAUGGAUGAUCAAACGACAUAUGGAGAGGAGGUUUGUCCCUGGACAUUUGAAGAGCUCCUGUCCCUCGGUCUGUGUUCCAGGUCAGCUCGCGUCCUCCAGAACCAGCUGGCAGCUCCAGAUGGGAGGGGAGACGACAGUAUGGUGGACUUUAGCAAGGUGGAUCUCCACUUCAUGAAGAAGAUCCCGGCGGGGGCCGAGGCCUGCAACGCUGUGGGGGAGGUGGAGUUCCUGACCCGGCCAGUGGUGGCGUUCGUCCGCCUGUCCCCCGCCGUGCUGCUCCACGGCCUGACGGAGGUCCCCAUCAUGACCAGGUUCCUCUUCAUCCUGCUGGGGCCCCUGGGCCGAGGGCCCCAGUACCAUGAGAUGGGUCGCUCCAUAGCCACCCUCAUGACCGACGAGGUUUUCCAUGACGUCGCCUACAAAGCCAAAGAUCGUACCGAUCUGAUCGCUGGGAUCGAUGAGUUCCUCGAUCAGGUGACCGUCCUGCCCCCUGGGGAGUGGGACCCCUCCAUCCGCAUAGAGCCCCCCAAACACGUGCCCUCCCAGGAGGGCAGGAGGAAGAGCUGUGUUCUAGAAGAGGAAGAUGAGCCCGGUGGACACGGAGGUCCAGAGCUGGAACGCACGGGCCGGCUGUUCGGGGGUCUUCUCCUUGACGUGCGGCGGAAGGCGCCCCACUACCUGUCAGACUACAGCGAUGCCUUCAGCCUCCAGUGCCUGGCCUCCCUGCUCUUCCUCUACUGCGCCUGCAUGUCCCCCGUCAUCACCUUCGGAGGGCUGCUGGGGGAGGCCACAGAGGGUCGCAUCAGUGCCAUCGAGUCUCUGUUCGGCGCGUCCAUGACGGGCGUGGCCUACUCGCUGUUCGCCGGCCAGCCCCUCACCAUCCUGGGCAGCACCGGCCCCGUGCUCGUCUUCGAGAAGAUCCUCUUCAAGUUCUGCAAGGAGUACGGCCUGUCCUACCUGUCUCUGAGGACGUGCAUCGGGCUGUGGACGGCCUUCCUGUGCGUGCUGCUGGUUGCCACGGACGCCAGCUCCCUGGUGUGCUACAUCACGCGCUUCACCGAGGAGGCCUUCGCCUCGCUCAUCUGCAUCAUCUUCAUCUACGAGGCGCUGGAGAAGCUGGUCCACCUGGGGAGGCACUACCCCUUCAACCGGGGCAACGACCUGGCCAGGCUGUCCCUGUACUCGUGUUCCUGUGUGGAGCCAGCAGACCCCAGCAACGCCACCCAGAUGUUCUGGGAGACCAACAACAUCACAGCCUCUGAGAUCUACUGGGAGGCCAUGGAGGUCCAGGACUGCGUGGACAAGCGAGGGGAGUUUGUGGGCAGUGCGUGCGGCCCCCACGGGCCCUAUGUCCCCGACGUGCUCUUCUGGUGCGUGGUGCUCUUCUUCUCCACCGUCAUCAUGUCCGCCUUCCUCAAGGACUUCAAGUUCAGCAGCUACUUCCCCACCAAGGUGAGGGCCAUCAUCAGUGACUUCGCCGUGUGCAUCACCAUCUUCACCAUGGUGCUGGUGGACUACGCCCUGGGUGUCCCGUCGCCCAAACUCAAAGUGCCCAGCGUCUUCAAACCGACCCGGGACGACCGGGGCUGGUACGUGAGUCCGCUGGGCCCCAACCCUUGGUGGACCGCCGUGGUGGCGCUGGUCCCCGCCCUGCUCUGCACCAUCCUCAUCUUCAUGGACCAGCAGAUCACCGCCGUCAUCAUCAACCGCAAGGAGCACAAGCUCAAGAAGGGCUGUGGCUACCACCUGGACCUGCUGGUGGUCGCGGUGAUGCUGGGCGUGUGCUCCCUCAUGGGCCUGCCCUGGUUCGUGGCGGCCACGGUGCUCUCCAUCUCCCACGUCAACAGCCUGAAGCUGGAGUCUGAGUGCUCCGCCCCCGGGGAGCAGCCCAAGUUCCUGGGAAUCCGGGAGCAGCGCUUCACCGGCCUCAUGAUCUUCACCCUCAUGGGCUGCUCUGUCUUCAUGACCUCUGUCCUCAAGUUCAUUCCCAUGCCGGUCCUGUAUGGAGUGUUCCUGUACAUGGGAGCAUCUUCUCUGAAAGGCAUCCAGUUCUACGACCGUCUGAGGCUGUUCUUCAUGCCGGCCAAACACCAGCCGGACCUUAUCUACCUGCGGCACGUCCCCCUGCGCAAGGUGCACCUGUUCACCGUGAUCCAGCUCAGCUGCCUGCUGCUGCUCUGGACCAUCAAGACCUCCAAGGCCGCCAUCGUCUUCCCCAUGAUGGUGCUGGCGCUGGUGUUCAUCAGGAAGCUCAUGGAUUGUUUCUUCACCAAACGGGAGAUGAGCUGGCUGGACGACCUCAUGCCCGAGAACAAGAAGAAGAUUCUGGAGGACGAAGAGGAUGAGGUGGAGGAGCAAAGCAUUCUGGGAGAGGAGGACACGGCGCUGCCGCUGAAAGACUACGAAGCACUGAGCCCAGUCAUCAACAUCACCGACGAGAUGUCCAAGGGUUGCUUCGGGAGCGCUUGGAACGCAGAGCGCUCCGGUGACUGAAGAACGCUCACCCUGAGACAGAACCGGUUCAGACAUACCAGUGAGCCAUGUUACCAAACCUGAUCAAUAAGUAAACUAUAUGUAACCAAACCCGAUCAAUAAUAUAAACUACCCUAUUUGUUACUAUACCUGAUCAAUAAUAUAUAUAUAUAUAUAUAAACUAUAUGUUACUAAACCUGAUCAAUAAUAGAUAUAAACUAUAUGUUACUAUACCUGAUCAAUGAUAGAUAAGAACUAUAUGUUGCCAAACCUGAUCAAUAAAAUAUAUAAACUAUAUGUUACUAUACCUGAUCAAUAAUAUAUAUGAACAAUACGUUACCAAACCUUAACAAUAAUAUAUAUAUACUAUAUGUUACCAAACCUGAUCAAUAAUAUAUAUAAACUAUGUGUUAAUAUACCUGAUCAAUAUUAUAUAAGAACUAUUUGCAACCAAACCUGAUCAAUAAUAGAUCUAAACUAUAUUUUACCAAACCUGAUCAAUAAUGGAUGUAAACUAUAUGUUACUAUACCUGAUCAAUACUAGAUGUAGACAUACUAUAUGUUACCAAACCUGAUCAAUAAUGGAAUCUUAAGGUAGAAUCCAAAUAGCACAAGAACUUCAAUAUGCAGCUGGAUAUUAUGCAACCGGACAUUAUUCAACCAUACUUAAUGUUACUAUAGCUGAUCAAUACUGGAUGUAAACUAACUAUAUGUUACUAUAGCCGAUCCAUCCUAGAAGUAAAGAAGUAAUGUAGCAACAUGUGGACUUUCAUCGAAUAAAACCUCAGUCUAGACGAAUUGUAGGCUUUUUGGUCCAAUAGAAUCACAACAGACCACAAUCAUGUGGUCUGUUGUGAUUGGAUUAUUGGUUAACAGCCAUAGUACUUAUAUUAUAUAUUUUAAUAUAUUUGCUAAACCCUUUCUGUAAAACAUUGUUAUUGAACUAUUUUAUUAAAACCUUAUGUUUGCAUCUAUUAUGUGUGCAUCGUUAAUCUUGUUUUCUGAGUAUUGAUAUAGAUUUUUAUAUUGUACUUUUUAUUAUGAGUAAUUAUUUUGACUGAAAUCAAUGUAUUUAUUGAAACAAUGUAUUGAUAGCAUCCUUGUUUUAGUGAGUUUCUUUGCAUCAGCGUUGUACUCUGACCAGGUCUGUUUCUGAGAGUUGAUAUGAAAUGUAUCAAUAGAUGUAUUGAAAUUAAAAAUGGAUCAAUAUUUAUGUUAUAUAUUUAUCAUCUUGCUUCAUAUCAGAAAAUAUUUUCUACCAGAUUAAUGGAUUAAUUAUUUAUUAAAACAUACGACCUACAUUUGACACUAGAUAAUUUCAUGUAUUUAAAUAGCUUCUUAAAGACGUCUUCUGUUUUUUUCUAUGGUUCUGACAGGUCUCUGUUCCCUCUCUCCUCUCACUCCAACGUAUGUAGCUGUGAAAUAUUGUAUGCACGUUUUUAUCUGGUGUUUCAUAAAUGUCAUCGUACAAUUUUGCAUUGGAUUCACUUUGAUAAAGAUCCUUAAGUUAUAUUGAAGCACAUAUAUAAUAAAAUUAUAUUGAAAAA